AUGCCAGUCCUGGCCGUGCGCCCGCCCACCACCUCCUGCAACCCCGCCACCCAUCCCACCCCUCCUCCCAGCAACGUCGUGACCCAACGGGUUCUGCUCAGCCCAGACAUGCAGGCCCGGCUUCCCUGUGAGUACCUGCCGUUCUCUCAAACUCUCUCUGUCGGGCAACCAAUGUGCAUGAACAAUGCAUAAGAACAAACUGAAAAUGUAUUGGAAUGUAAAUGAAUUACCUUUUUUUGUUUAUCCCUACUGGUGACAUGAAACUCAUCUACAUUUGAAUGUCUUAAAAUGUUCUCUCUAUCUCAGCUGGGGAGGUAGUGAGUAUCGCCCAACUGGCCUCAUUGGCGGGGCGUCCUGUGUCAUCGUGCCAGGGCAGUAAGCCUGUCACCUUCCAGCUGCAGGGCAACAAGCUCACCCUGUCUGGAACCCAGCUUCACCAGGUUCCCGUGGCACCUCCACGCCCAGUACAAGGUUAGAUCAGAUCCCAGCACUAACUAGAGUACAUGGAGAUACACUGAGUGUUCAAAACAUUAUGAACACCUGCUCUUUCCAUGACAGACUGACCAGGUGAAAGCUAUGAUCCCUUAUUGACGUCACUUGUUAAAUCCACUUCAAUCACUGUAGAUUAAGGGGAGGAGACCGGUUAAAUAAUUACUUUUAAGCUUUGAGACAAUUGAGACAUGGAUUGUGUAUCUGUGCCAUUCAGAGGGUAAAUGGGCAAGACAAAAUAUUUAAGUGCCUUUAAACGGGGUAUGGUAGUAGGUGCCAGGCGCACCGGUUUGUGUCAAGAACUGCAACGCUGCUGGGUUUUUCACACUCAACAGUUACCUGUGUGUAUCAAGAAUGGUCCACCAACCAAAGGACAUCCAGCCAACUUGACACAACUGUGGGAAGCACUGGAGUCAAAAAUAAAUAAACAUGGGCCAGCAUCCCUGUGGAACGCUUUCGACACCUUGUAGAGUAAAUGUCCUGACGAAUUGAAGGUGUUCUGAGGGCAAAAGGGGUGCAACUCAACAUUAGGAAGGUGUUCUUAAUGUUUUGUACACUCAGUGUGUAUAUUACCAAAGUGGCUUAUGUCAUAAAACUCUACAAUGUGCUGAUAUACAGAACACCAAUAUUGCUGUCUAAGUCAGUGGUACAGUAUCUAUCCUAUCCUGCACUGACAGGAGUGUCUAAAUGGGUUCUUACUGGUGUGGUUCUUACUGUGGACUUCGCAGGUAACGUCAUGCAUCUGGUGACAAGCGGAGGGCAGCACCACCUCAUCAGUCAGCCAGCCCAGGUAGCAGUUUUCAGUUCAGCCAAUACCCACGCUGCCCCCCCCCCUCCUGUACCCUCGGGAAUCCAGCUGCCUCGCAAUGCAUCUCAAGGUACAGCAGCAUCCCCUUUUAAGACUAUGGUCACUGAUCUGAUCUUCAUUAUUAGUCUUUUGCCCUGGACUUGUUUAGGAGGUUCAGUGAUGGUCAUGUUCUUACCCGCCUUUCCUCUUCAGUGCCCUCCUCCAUGGUGACCAGCUCUGGGAUUGUGAAGAUCGUGGUACGCCAGUCAAGCAAGGAAGGAGGGGGUGUACCCACCCUGGCAGUGCCCCCUUCUCCCCGUGUAGCCCCCCAGGCGUCAACCUCCAUGCACCACCAUGCCAAUACUGCCGUGAGAACUCCUGCCCCCCAGCAAACCGCCCAUCGCCACCCCGGACCCACCACUGCUCAAUACACCCUGGCCCCCCCUAGAACCCCUACCUCAGUCACAAUUAGAACCUGUACCCCAGCCCCUCCUCGAAUUCCAACCCCAGCCCCUCCUCGAAUCCCUACCCCAGCCCCUCCUCGAACCCCUGCCCCCCCUCGUAAUCCUACCUCAGCCCCCAGUCAGUCCCAGCCCCCUCGCCCAGUGCUGAAGGUAGUAACGGGACCAGCAGAAACCAGCACAGAACAGAAAGGUGAAGAGAUUAAUGCAAAUAAUUUAAAAACUGAUUCUGGAUUUACAAUCCCUUUAUUGAACAAGUCAUUUCUCCUCUCUAGCUCGUGUGAAUUCUACGUUGACGCGUGAGGAGAGCAGCGACACCAAAUCAGCCUUUCCUAAAUCAGGGUCCCAUGUUGGUGGAUUUGUCCCCCCUCGACCUCGGGCACAACCUCGCCCACCUCCUCGCUCCCCCUUCUAUAUGGUACUAGCUACAUCUGCUUUCAUUUACAAAUCUAUUUUCUUUUGUUUGUUACUUGUUUCAACCACCAUGUAUGAAAUUAUGAGGUUGUCAUAUUUUCUAGCGUAGAUCCCACAAUAGUACCUUUUUAGUUCUGUUGGUCGUCAGCCCACAGCAACAUUCUUAUAUUGACUCCUGUCAUGUCCCUUUAACUGUUGCUGUCCUAUCAACUGACAAACUGUCCCUUUCCCCUUGUCAGUCAUGGCUGGCAGACAGCCGCAAGAAGCAGCGAGACAGCUGCCUGGCCCAGAUCAUCCGGAUCAACGACCUGCACUGCAGCGCCAAGCCCGUGUACGGCCAUGAGGUGCUGGACUUCCUCACUUUCCUCCCGGGCUCCUGCCCUGCUCCAGCCCCCAGGGCCCUGGGUCAGUGGGGUCGCUCGGGCCACGCCGCCUGCCUUUUCGCCCAGUCCCACAGCACCACAGACUACUGGGACCAGAGCCGUGCCCUGAGGGAGGCCAUCCACACCACCGAGGACAGGCUGCAGCUGCUCAAAGAUAUGAUCGAACGGUAACACAGUGCUUUCCACUGUCUGGAACCAUGAGACAGUCCACAUUUUUGUUCUAGCCCUGCACUAACACACCUGAUUCAACUAAUCACCAAGCCCUUCAUUAGUUGAAUCAGUUGUGUCAGUUUUCAAGCACUUUCUGUUCAUCUUUCUUGUGAUGCCCCAGGUAUCGAGAAAGGGUAAAUAUGACCAUUUCUAAAUGCCUCUAAUCGUACCCUAUUUCCCCACCUUCAGGUUUACGUUUGUGAUCCCGCCGGUGGAGGCUCCGACCAUCACCAUGCACAGUUGCCACCCCCCUCCGUCUCUGAGCCACCAGCAGGCCGUGUUCACCUCGCUGCUCUCCUCCCAGGUGGCCCCGCUCACACGCAGUCUGCACCGCAUCCAGUGCAACAUGAGGACCCACUUCCCCGACCUGAGGCUCAUCCAGUACGACUGCGGUAAGUCCCCACUCCUCGGACAACACACCUGUGUUCCAUAGGACUUUGGAAACUUGUCUUGUUUUACCUUGGCAUUGGCUGAGGAAUUUGAACUCUGACACCAUCAGUUUGGCUGUGUGUUUGUACAGGCCAUGACACUGUGUUAAGUGGAAGUGCUGUUACUUCAGUGAUGAUACGGGACACAGUCUGUCUCUAGGGUCACUGGUUCAGGGUCACGUUCUGUGUCUCUGGGUUCAGUUCGCCAGAGCAGCGUGUCCUUCAGUUGAAGACAGAGGCAUUUAAAAUAAGGAGAAAAGGUAUGUCCUUUUAACUCAAUAGAGCCUUUGAAUGAUAACACUUUGUGGUGUGUGUGUGCAGGUAAGCUACAGACACUCCACACUCUGCUGCGUCGGCUGAAGGAGGGCCAACACCGCGUUCUCAUCUUCACCCAGAUGACCCGCAUGCUGGACGUGCUGGAGCAGUUCCUCAACUACCACGGGCACAUCUACCUCCGGCUGGACGGCAGCACCCGCGUCGAGCAGAGACAAGUGAGGGGCGCUGUGACUAGUCCUGAGCUCUAUGGGUUUCUGUUGUUGUGUUGGACUUCAGCAACUCAGUCAGUUGGGUGUCGAUUCCAUUUCAAUUAUUUUGGACAUGGAUUUUUCCAGCGAUUUGGUUGGCUGAGUUGAAUGGAAUUGACCCGGAGUUCAAUACUCUUCUGAAACUGAUAAAGGAUGCUGACUGUUGUCCUCCUCUCCCUCAGUCCCUGAUGGAUCGCUUCAACGCGGACCGCCGCAUCUUCUGCUUCAUCCUGUCCACGCGUAGUGGCGGCGUGGGGGUGAACCUGACGGGCGCCGACACGGUGGUGUUCUACGACAGUGACUGGAACCCCACCAUGGACGCCCAGGCCCAGGACCGCUGCCACCGCAUCGGACAGACCCGCGACGUCCACAUCUACAGGUACAGUGUUUAAAUCCUCAACUCCCCUGCCUCUUACUUACACUGUUGAACCAAGCUGACACUACCUCCCUCUAAGUCAUCAUCUCUGGACUAUGGUAGUUUUUUAGUUUCCUCUAGAUUUGACACAGGCAGGGCUGAAAGUCUCCAGAAGCAGCAUGAACAGUCCGCAUACUUCUACUUUGAAGAUAUGUAUGUGGUAGGAACAGAGCCUGUGGUUUCUACUCGGCCACUAUGUUAGCUAGUCUUUUGAGCGUCUGGUGUGACUAUUCUCUUCCCCACCCAGGCUGAUCAGUGAGCGCACGGUGGAGGAGAACAUCCUGAAGAAGGCCAACCAGAAGAGGAUGCUGGGAGACAUGGCCAUAGAAGGAGGCAACUUCACCACCGCUUUCUUCAAACAGGUACGUCUCCACUGAUAUAACAAUCUUUGACGUCGUCCAUUCACUCUGAAUUGAGGGCAAUUCAAAACUAACUACACUCCUCUCUCUUCUCUCAGCAAACCAUCAGGGAGCUAUUUGACGUGACUGAGGGGGAGAAGAAGGAGGUGACCCCGGAGCGAUCUGUUCCCCAGCCAGAGGAAGAGGAGACAGGCAACAAACAGAGCACCACCAUCCUGGAGCAGGUCAGUCACCCAACACACUGGCAAUAACAGGAUGUAUUGGAGUUUUACUGGUGUGUUCAGAGCAGGUGUCUCUCAGACCAUAGACACCUGUUUAUACCACACCAUACAACAGCAGGAGUCUAGAAGACACCCAAAAACUAGCAGCUGAGUGUUUGGCCCAGCACUGACUCCAUACAAACAAGCUUUAUUUGAUGAAUAAACAUGAUUAUUAGAGGUGAAAUUAAUGUAUUAUGAAUUGUACAAGUCAGCAAGACACAUCAAUCUAUACUCCAGGUGGCACUGUUCCCAUAAACUCAUUCUCUCUGCCACAGGCCCUGUGUCGUGCCGAGGACGAGGAGGACAUAGUGGCGGCGUCCCAAGCCAAAGCAGAGCAGGUAGCUGAACUGGCAGAAUUCAACGAGGCCAUCCCAUUGGACGAGGCUGGUGAAGGGAGGGAGCCGGAAGAGGAGGAGCUCUCCAAGGCCGAGCAGGAGAUAGCGGCUCUUGUGGAGCAGGUGAUUGUUUUUCAAUAUCCCUGUUUUGGGCUAUUCCAUCGUGUUAUUUGACAAUAUUGAGCAGAUUUAGCUUUUUUGCAAACCUGACGACCUAUCUUUUUUUCCCCAUAUCUCAGCUCACUCCUAUAGAGCGCUAUGCUAUGAACUUCCUGGAGGCAUCACUGGAGGAUGUGUGCAAGGAGGAGUUAAAGCAAGCAGAGGUAAGAUUUGAUAUUUCUCAGUGCAUUUAGUAGAGCUUGGCAUGUGUCCAUGUUUGAUUGGUUCACCCUAUUAGAGACCCAAGUUCUAAUAAAAAGCCCCGGUGUUUACAGGAGCAGGUGGAGGCUGCCAGGAAGGGGCUGGACCAGGCCAAGGAGGAGGGCCUGAAGCUGCACGCAGGCUCCUCGGACAAUGAGGACGAGGACUUCUCAUCGCAGCCAGCAGAGGAGCCCUCGCCGCCCGGGUCGGGCCGUCGCCCACGCAAACACAAAGAGAAAGGCGCCCCCUCCACCAGGACCAGCGGCAGGCUCCGAGGGGCCACGGCCUCCCCACCGCCCACUUCCCCAGAGCCAGAGCCCGAUACCCCCACCCCCAGAGAAGUGCCUGAAAGACUCCGCUCAGCUCUGAGAGGACGAGGGGGGAUCAAAGACGCUACCACCAUCCCGGCCCACACAGAGCACCCCAGGGCCCACAUCUCCUCAGCAAAGGAAUCUGCCAAACCUGCAGCCACAACCCCGGCCUCUCCUUCUAGAGACUCCAGCCUCAAAUCCGGGUCAGCAGCGUCACCUCUUGGAACCCAGUCCCACUCCAGCUCAGUGCCUUCCACUGCCACCAGUCCUCUAGCUGGGAAACCACUGACACUACCAGGGGACUCAGACACCAGGUCACCCAGGAGGGAGAGGUCAGUGUGUAUCUCCUCAGAGUCCACGUGUCCGGUGGACCAUCAGUCAUACUCUGCCCAGGCCAGGGACUACGACAGUAGGGACCAGGAGUCCCUGUCUCCCCCCUCUGUGUGCCCUCUCUCCCGGUCGCCACGCAAGCGCCAGUCGGCUGAUGGGGAGGUCCUGCUAGGCCUUCCGGAACAUUCCCCAUCGGCCAAGGUCCUGCGGAAGCUCCCUGGUCGCCUGGUGACUGUGGUGGAGGACAAGGAGCCCAGGAAGAGGAGGAGGAGAGGCAGCGGGACGGGAGGAGGCUCAUCAGAGGAGACAGAGAACGCUGAGUCGGGCCGAGGCUCAGACGAGCCAAGCAGAGAGACUACAUCCCAAACCCCUGACAAAACCAGCCAGACACCCGAAGAGAAAGGGACUGCCUCAAAAUACUUACCGACCACCAAACUCGCAGAGGACCAAGAAUCCCCCUCAACACACACCUAUCCUGCCAGAAGCUACCCCCCUUACUCCCCGCCCCACCACUCCCCUGACAUGCCGGUGCUGAGGAACCUGCCGGUGCGGCAGCGGCUGGAGAGCGAGUCUCGCGUGGCGGCCCAGUUAGGCGAGUUGGGCCGAGGGAGGGGAGGGAACUACCACAGGAAAAUGGACACUCAGCCAGGAAAAGACGGCAACGUGUCCUCAGGCGCUAAUGUUGCUAACUCGACCCCACCGGUGAAACGAAAGAGGGGCCGUCCCCCCAAAACUCCCCUCAGGUUGGCGGAACCCCGGCCAGAGCAUGUAUCUCCUCCCCAGUCCACCUCACCAAGUGAGGAGGGGAGCUCCGCUCUCUCCCCAAAACGCAAGCGGGGUCGUCCCCGCAAGGACUCGACAACUGUAAAGAAUGCUGUGGGUGCAGGACAUAAAUCAACCCCCACCACUGCCAGCACCACCAGCCAAGCUGGUUCCCUGUCUGACACUGCUGCUGCUGACACAGAGCCACUACUCCCGUCUGCCCCCACUGAGCCUCAAACUGUGGCCUCCUCUGCUGUCUGCACUAGCCAAGACUCACACUCUACCAAAGCUGAGGACUCCACCGCAACAUUAAAACCAGACACUAAGACUGAGGUCCUUACCACAACCCCAACUGCUAUCCUGGCACCAAGCCCAGCUCAAGUCCUUACCACAACUGCUAUUCCUGCACCAAGCCGAACUCAAGUUCCCACCCCAAUUCCAAUCUCCACCUCAAGCUCAACCGAUGUCCCUGCCUCAAGCUCACCCACCAUCUCCACCUCGGUUUUAGUCACUGCUACAAGCUCACCCACAGUCCCCACCUUGAACUCAACCUCUGUUCCUGCCUCAAGCUCACCCACAGUUUCCACCCCAAGCUUACCCACAGUAUCCACAUCGAGGACGACCUUUGGCCCUACCUCAAGGACAACCUCUGGCCUCAUUCGAAUUCCAACUGCAGUCCUCACCUCAACCCUUGCCCAAUUCCUCACCUCAAGACCUAGAGUCUCCACUUCACCGCCAGUCUCCACUUCUCCACCAAUCUCCACAACUACCACACAAAUUGUCACCCCUACCCCCAACAAGAUCUCAACUCCUCCCCUUGCCCAAAUCACUAUCCCUACUCCAGCUCAAAUCUCCAAAAUGUCCACAUCAGCCUCUACUCCAACCGUCACCCCCACUCCAGCCCCUACACCAACACUCACAAAUGUCAAACCAACCCCUACUCUGGACCCUACCACAAUUGUUGCAACCCAUGUACCAACACUUAGAAAACUCACCACAACCUCAAUUGCAAAUCUGACCACAAUUUCCACACCAGCCCCAAGUAUAAUAGUCACCACCGUCGCAUCAGCCCGAACCACAGCCAUCACAGCAGUUCCUGCAACAGCCUCCAUCCCAACUUCUACCAAAAUCACCAUCACAACCCCUACACCAGCCCCUAUACCAACCACCACACUAAGUGCUACACUAGCCCCUACCACAACUGUCACAACCGUCAAACCAACCCACACACCAGUCCCAACCUUGAUCACCACAACCGCUGUUCCAAUUCCCAACACAAUCCACACAGCAGCCCCACCCAGAACUGUCACCACUGUUACACCACCCCCACCCAGAACUGUCACCACCGUUACACCAACCCCACCCAGAACUGUCACCACCGCUACGCCAACCCCCACAGCAGCCCCAACUAGAACUGACACCACCGUUACUGUAGCCGCUGCCACAACCAUCGCAUCAACUCCUACCCCAAUCUAUACGCCAACCCCCACCCCUUCCCAAGUACCCAACUCCACCACCACCAAAAUCCUCACCCAGAUAUCCACCCCAGCCCCCACUCCAAGUUCAACAUUAGUCCUCCCCCUGGCCCAAAUUCCUAUUACAUCUACCCUCUCCAACAACUCUACUGCUGUAGCUGCCACAGAGAACCAGGCUGUGGAGCCUGCUCCAGUGGAGACUGCCCAGAACCGAGAUUCGGAGAAGAUAACCGACAUGGAGGUAGAGAAGAUAACCGACAUGGAGGUAGAGAAGAUAACCGACAUGGAGGUAGAGAGCCAGGCGGCUAAAGAGGACAAAAAGACGAAGGAGGAUGGAGAGGAGGAGAGUAGUGACUCUCAACCGAAAAAGAGGAAAGUGGGGAAUUCUCCUGAAGCCAAAGACUCUGUCCUUUCCACUCCCUCACACUCUGACCCAGAGACUCCAGUGGCUCCUCGGCCAGAGGAAACUGAUAAGAAGAAGGUAGAGGAGAGCGGUGGAGAUGACAAAGCCGCCAGCAAGAAGCGGCCUCUCAGUCGCCAGAGCAGUCAGGAGUCUGUGCGCUCCUCUUCUCCCUCCUCUGUGUGCUCCACAUCCAUUCCCACCCGGUCAGCCCAACACAAGAAGAGUGCAGAGAAGAGAGCACCUGCCAAGAGGAGGCGAGGAGAGGUUCUGUCUGACCCAGAGAAGGGAAAGGGGAAGACGGAGAAAGAGUCCACCAACGCCACUCGGAGGAGGCAGUCCAGGUCCUCUUCUUCAGACUCGGACCCCUGCGAAACCAGGAAAGAGCGCCUCCUCACCUGCUCAGCCCAGAGCUGGCAGGAGAAGGAGGGGGAUGGAGAGGGCAACAGGCGGAGAAGAAGACCCGCCAGGAGCUCUGAACGGGAGGGCAGGACUAUGUCCAACAACACCGGUACUGGGGAGUCUGGCAGCGAGACAUCCUCUGUGAGGGUCACCCGGAAAUCCUCUGGUCCUCAGCCCACCCCAGAGAGUAAACCCCAGUCUAACAGCUUGCCCUCUACCCCUCCCCAGCCAGAGGUCCUGGGAAAGAGAUGUUCAGCUCUAAACGCUGCAGCCAAACUCCUUGCCAUGCGAGGCAGGGUCGACACCCCUGGCAGCAGGAAAGACCCUGCGGCUAAGACUGCUGGGCAGAAUGCCAUUUCUCCUGCUUCCUCUGACAAGAACCACAAGUCCAAAUCUAAAAGUGCACCAGCCACUCCGCAAACCAACUGCAACAAUAAAGCAGGAAUCAGCAAGACGACCCCCACCCAGUCUAGCCGCACCGCCGCCCGCUCCACCCGCCAAUGCCCUGGCGCCCUUGUCCCGCCCCUGGAGACGGACAACAAGAGGGGGAGCAAAAAGGAGGAGAAUGAGAAAGAAAAGAAGCCCUCGGAGGAGAAGGAAGAGGAGGGUGAGAGGGAGACUCGCUCGUCCAGGGGCCACAGCGCCUGCAGCAGCGUGAGUAGCGAUGGUGGAGGGAGCAGCCGGAGCAGCAGCAGCCAGCGCACCCACAGCCUCAGCUCCCAGAGCACCGGGCCCAGGCGCAACCGCUCAAGAGCACCCUCCUCUGGCAGCGAAUGUGAACGCAGCACCGAGAGGGGCAGGAGGCGCAGCCACAGGAAAGAAGGAGAAGGUCGGGGGAGGGAGACCCGGAAGGAAAGAAAGGAGAGGCACGCCCAGAAGCGGGAGAGGCUCUCGCAGGAAGGGAACGCCGGCUCGGGAGAGGGCACCCCGGACAGGGUGCUGCGCAGCGUGGCGGCUAUGGCAGCAGCUCAGGCCCGCACACCGGCCGCCAACACCCGCUCCUCCCGCUCCUCCUCUGCCCAACACAACAAGACAUGAUGGGAGAACAAGAGAUUUAAAAAAAACUGUGAGAGGGAGUGAGGGAUUGUGACUGGAAAACGGAGAGGGGAAAUGAUCUCUAAAGUUGCUGCUUUGUCUACACUGACGGAGGCCAGAGCAGAACUAUGUGUUGUGCAGGUCAGUGACCUCCCUCCCUCUUGGGCCCUCUCCUCCACCCCACAUUAGAGCUGGUCUCCUCUCCAGUUCAGCCAUCGUCAACUGGGGAAAGGCUUAGAGAUGUCAGACUGUCUGCGGAGAGAAAGGUGACACCAUCUUAGAGCCCUUCCAGAAGUGAGGUGUUGAAGUCCUGAAGGUGUCACUUCAUACGGACAGUGGCUUGACUGCACACUGGGGACUUUGGGACGAGGUGGGUGCGAGUGAGUUAAUUGUUAGUUCACACUAUGUACUGUAAAACAUUUAAAAAGACUGGAAUACUAAGAGAUGUAUGUGUUCGAGAGAGGAUUAGAUUGUGCCCAAUAUGCUGAUUUUAUCCUCUGCCAGGGUUAUCGAUGGGAAUCAUUCAUGCAACAUUCAAAAGAAGCUUUUGAGUGACAGUUGUAUCGUACGUUGAAGGUUUUAGACAUUUGGGUUCUGGACAUUUUGUCAGCUGUUCUGACCUGUUUGUUGAUAAGUUAUGGAUAUUUUAUGGUUUCUUCCAGGAAGAGAGCAGAUCUGUAAAUGUGAUCUUUGCUGCACAAUGCUGGAGUUAGUCUUUGCUUGGGCCUCUGUAUCUUAUCAUUUUCUGUCCAUCUAACUUUUUAAAUCCAGCCUGCAUUUUUCCUUUGCACAUCUGACAUGUUGUCCUCUGCAUUUGAGUGCGUUGUGGUGUAGUAUUUUACAUCAAUUUCAAUCAAAUUACUACUACGUUCCUGGUACCUCACACAAUGUAACUCUGAAGCUCUAAAUAUGGCUGGCUCUCUCAAGCUUGUUAUGUAUCUCGAAGAUGGUAAUUAUUUUGCUCACUGGCAAUGCAGAAAGAAACGGGAGCAGAACCUUGAUUUAACUCUCCUCACCUUUCCAAAGUCGGACAUUAUGGUCAAAAUGUCAUGAAGUUUAUACUAAAAGGCUACUGAAUCGGUGUGAAUAAAAAAGAUUAGUGCCUAUUAGGCCGAGUGGGAGGACGGAGAUCCUAGUUUGCCUUGUAAAGUACUUGACGUUGGGGUGUGGAACUUACCGAGUUGUCAUUUGUCCCCAAAAAAAGGAUACACUUUCUGUAAAUCACAAGGAAAGCACCCUAUGCAUCAGUGCUACCAAAUUCUUUAUUUUUUAAAUCUGAAUUUCUACUAUCAUUUCAUUGCUCCUCUUUCAUGUAAGGACUUGGACAAAACGUGAAUAAAAAAAAUAUAUAAAAACUGGUUCAGUUCCAGAUGGCUCUGUAAAUUGUCAAUGAACUUUUUGAGGACUUGCUUUUGUCAAAGCAAUUUUUGGGCAGGGUGAUGUUUGAGUGAAUGGGUGGAAUAUGGUGAUGGUCUUCUCUUGAUUUGUCUCUUUAAUUUGUUACAUUCCUUUGUUCCCUUGUAAUUCCACAGUUUUACUUGAAAGAUUAAAAGACAAAAUGACAGUUCAAUAAAAAGACCAAAAAUGUA